AUGAAUGAAAAUUCUAUUUUUGUUUCUAUUAUAAGUUAUAGGGAUAGUGAAUGUCAAUGGACUAUCAAGAAUUUAAUUGAAUUAGCAAAAUAUAAAGAAAAUAUAUUCAUUGGAGUAUGUUUACAAUAUUCAAUGAAUGAUGAUAGUGAUAAUAAAUGUUUUCAAUUUAACUUUGAAGAAGAAUAUGGUAAAAAUCAAAUAAGAAUUAUUAGAAUGAAUCAUACAGAGGCCAAAGGACCAUGCUAUGCAAGAGCAUUAGUUCAACAACAAUUAUUCAAAGGUGAAAAAUAUUAUCUUCAAAUUGAUAGUCAUAUGAGAUUUGUAAAAGAUUGGGAUAUAGAAAUGAUAAAUCAAUUAUUACAAUGUAAAAAACCAAAUGAUGAUAAUGGUGGUAUGGUUAUUGAUGAAAAAGCAAUUUUAACAUGUUAUCCAAUGGGAUAUAAAUUACCAAAUUUAAUACCAACUCAUAGAUUUCCAAUAUUAUUAGUGGCAAGUGGAUUUGGAGAGAAUGAUGGUUUCUUAAGAUUAGGCGGUAAAAUUGUAUCAAAAAAGUUAAUUGAACCAUGUUCAUCAUUAUUUUGGGUUUCAGGUUUUAGUUUUUCACGUUCAGAUAUAAUUAAUAGUGUACCAUAUGAUCCAAAUUUACAAUAUCUUUUCUUUGGUGAAGAGAUAUCAAUGUCUGCACGUUUAUUCACUCAUGGUUAUAAUUUUUAUAGUCCAACUAAAACUUUAAUUUUUCAUCUUUGGAAUAGAGAUUAUCGUUCAACAUUUAGAGAAAAUAAUUCUUUAGAGAUUCAAAAAUUGGAAGAAAAUUCAAAAAAAAGGUUAUUAAUUUUAUUUAAUCAAAAUAAUAAUAAUAUUAAUGAUAAUGAUGAUAAUAAUAAUAAUAAUAAUAAUAAUAAUAAUAAUAAUAAUAAUAAUAAUAAUAAUAAUAAUAAUAAUAAUAAUAAUAAUAAUAAUAAUAAUAAUAGUAGUAGUAGUAGUAGUAGUAGUAAUAAUAAUAAUAAUAAUAAUAAUAAUAAUAAUAAUAGUAGUAGUACUAAUAAUAAUAAUAAUAAUAAUAAUAAUAAUGAUGAUGGAAUUAAAAUAGAACUUAAAUAUAACCUUGGUAAAAUUAAAAGUUUAGAUGAUUAUUCAAAUUAUUGUGGUGUAGAUUUUAAAAAUAAAACGAUUAAUAAUAAAGGUAAAUUUGGGGGUUAUUAUGAAGAAAGAGAAACAUUUUUUAUGAAUGAAAUUAUGGAGUAUGUAAUUAAAUCCCAAAUCGGUAUUUAA